AUGGGCAUCGUGCUACUUGUUCUGCGAACGUACUACAUCUUCUCAAACCUAUACUACUCCUUCAAGACCUUGAAGCCACCCCCACCUUCAUCGCGUAACAAUGGCCAGCCUAGUGUGCGUGCAGUCAGUCAGCGAAAGCGAGACAUGAAAGGCUGUCUAACUAUCUGGAUCGUUUGGUGCUGUGUCGCCAUGUACGAAACGCAUGUCGAAAAUAUUGUCAGCAUUUUCAUUCCAUUCUACGACGAGAUCAAGUCUGUGAUCUUGCUCAUCUUGAUUAUGUCGCGUGCCCGAGGUGCCGAGCCAAUAUAUCUUCACGUCAUCCGGCCGUUGAUCAAGCCAUACGUUCCCCUCAUCGACCCCAUCUUGGAGGUCAUUUUAAGCGUCGGCGAUUUCCUUCUGCUGGCGAUCUCUCUCCCAUUCUAUCCACUCACCUCUUGGUGGAGGGGUCGCAAGUCGGAAAAGGCCAAACCC